AUGUAUAUACGAUCUCCCAAAAUUCACAAAAAUAAUUGCCCUAUCAGACCCAUCGUCAGUACUUUGGAGUCUCCCACUAACAAUACUGCCCAGUAUCUCGCCCGUGUUCUGAAAGCAUAUACCGGGCAAACCUCCUCACAUAUUCUUAACUCCUCACUUUUUGUCCAACUGAUCUCCGAAAUAUCUCUUGACCCCAAAGAUAGAAUUGUCAGUUUCGACGUAACAACCUCCACUUCUUGGCGAUCUCGCAGAAAAAUGUCUAACCUCCACAUAUUGACCUCCCAAGGCCAAUUCUACAAACAAAUCUCUGAUACUCCCAUGGGAUCCCCUCUCUCACCAGUCCGCCCAACUCAAACCCAAAGUCUGGUUCCCCUACAUGGACGACACAUGUGUCAUAUGGCCUCAUGGUCAAACGCCCUUUCAGUCUUUCACGACCUUUUCAACAGUCAACACCUCGACAUUCAGUUUACCAUGGAAGUGGAAACCAACAAUUGUCUUCCUUUUCUUGAUGUUAUGGUAACCAUGUUACCCGAUGGUCAACUGGGUCAUUCAGUCUAUCGAAAACCCACCCAUACCGAUCGAUUUCUUGACACAACGUCUCAACACUACCCCGCCCAAAAACGGUCUGUCAUUGACUCCCUAAUUCAUCGAGCCACUACCAUUUGUCAACCUAACAAACUCCAAAAAGAAUUAGAACAUCUCCAAACAUCUCUUCAACAAAAUGGAUACGACCACCACUCUAUCAAGUCUGCCAUUCAACGACGGCUUAAUCCCAACUCUGACAAUACUUCAAAUCGCCCAACUGAUUUCGUAUCGACUGCAUAUCUCCCAUUCAUUCCUCAGGUCACCGACCGUCUGUCCAAAAUACUCUAA